AUGACAACAAUAGAAACCGCCCCUCGAUCGAGAGACAUGUUGCCAUCUAUAAGUCAUCUGGACCUCGAGAAUGUCCGAUCCGAGAGGAAUGAUCUCUCGAGGUAUUCCAUCGGCACCGGUCUGAGUAUAACCACAGCACCCUUGGCGAGUCCCACGGCAUCCAUGUACUCGGGCCCGCCUCAGCCCUACUCAUGUGCACCUUCAACAGCAGGCUCUGCUACUGGUGUGACUGGGUAUAUAUCUCCUCCCGAGUCCACCACUCGACGCUCGACCAGGGACGAGAAGGAGUCGCCUGACCUUCGCAAAUCCUUGCCUUCCAUCCAUGAAGCUUUGGGAGAGAAGUCCAUGCCCUUUCCAAGCUCGUCCCAGCAUCAAGCUCUGUCCACGCCUUCGGCAGCUGUUGGCCCAUCGUUCUCAGAUGGCCCCAAGGGUCCUGUUAAUCCCUUUUCUCAACCAGCACCUUCUGUGCCCGUCUUGCGAGAUGUGUUUUCAGCGCCUCAAAUGUCUGCAUCGACCCCGACAGAACCGCAGGCCGCGAAGCCGACGUUCCCUCCGCCAUCCGUGCCGGCAUCGGAUCCUCGUCAAUCAGUCUCCCAAGCCUUUGGCUAUCCAGGCUCUCCAACUUCCUCUCAACAGCCGUCAAAUUUUCGUUCGGCCUCGUUGGCGAACACCACAUUCACGAAUAACAAUGAGGCUGCCCCGGCCAGAUCUCCCCAAGCCUACGAGCCGCUUAGACAGCAACAAGCAGUCCCACAAUUCGGUGUUCCCACGACUUCGACAGCAGGUACUACCGCAAGUGAGACAUUUCACUUCUCCCAGUUCACCGCAGGUUCGAAACCUACACUUGAGGUACAGUACAACGAGGCCGUUAAGCGGCAUUUGGAGGUAUUCGACGCUGAGUUAGGGCUCAAUGAAAUUGCUGAUCACUGCCUUCGCACGCUGGACUUUUGCCGGACGUGGGUUCCACGGAUUCACCAGGGAAGCCGAUCGAGUUACGUGCCGGAAAUGUUGCCCUCAGUAGCGGAGGUGGACGAGGUUCUCCGUUUUACUCACCGCUCGUACGAGCUGUUUAGCUACGUGCGAGAAAUGGUGCUUGCUCAAGAGAAUGCCAAAUUGGAGCAGCAGGCCCGACUUGCACGUGGCGCUCAGGCGGAAGAAGAGUACCAGGGAACGUCUGACGAAUACAAAAGCGGGGGGUAUGCCGGAGGCGAUGCAAAGAAGCGACGUGGAAAAGCCGCCCCCCCAGGUCGAUGCCACAGCUGCAACCGUGCCGAGACGCCCGAAUGGCGAAGAGGCCCGGACGGGGCACGUACAUUGUGUAAUGCAUGUGGCCUUCACUAUGCCAAGUUAACUCGAAAGCUGGGUGUCAACAAGGCAGCAGCUAUGACUGGAGCGAACCUUCGCCCCAAAAAUGCCGAAUCCUCGAGACCGUAA